AUGGAGCAGAUAGAAGAGAAAGGCAACGCUUCAGGGAUCUCAAAAACAUCUAAAAAGAGUGGCAGAAAGUCGAAAGGAUUCAGCGAGGAGGAAGAAGCCCGAAGGAGAGAGGCAGUGAAGGAAGCUCUGCGGGAGAAGCUUGAUCUUGAGAAACGGGCGUUGCAGAUUGUGGAGCGCCUUUUGGAGGACAGCGUGUCCGAGGACUUCCUUAUAGAUUGUGCAUGGUUCAUCACUCCUGCAAACUACAAAGACGCUAUAGAGGAGAGGUCUAUUGUCAAACUCUGUGGAUUCCCUCUUUGUCCAAAUAAACUGGGAAAGAUCCCUACGCAGCAGUUUAAGAUCUCCACCAAGACAAACAAGGUCUAUGACAUCACAGAGCGUAAGUUAUAUUGCAGUAAUUUCUGCUACAAAGCCUCCAAACAGUUUGAGAUGCAGAUAUCAACUACGCCACUUUGGCUGCGAAAUCAUGAGAGCCCUCCCCAAAUAACGUUAAUGAAGAGAGGAGACAGUGGAAGUUCCGGGGAAGAAAUCAAACUUUCCCAGAACCGUCUCCAGGAAGACGACGUGGAGAAUCCUUCGCUCGCACAAACAGAAGAACCUGGAAAACCAGGAGCGAAAAGUGUCAAUUCUGACAACAGCGACAACAGCGACGACAGCGACACCGAACAGGACUUUGUCUCGAGCGUGGUCUCUGCAAAAACCGGUCCCAAAGAAGUGCAUUGGGGCGAUCUGCCAAAAUACGACAAAACGCAAAGUACGACGGACUGUGCGGACAGAAAAGGGGAAAUAAAUGGUAACGAUGUAGCGGUGGAUGAAGCUACGACGCAAUUACAUUCGUGCAGCUUGUCGGAGAAAACCUCUGAAUCAAAUGAGGCAGAAAUUGAGGGAAAAAUCAAAUCUGAGCCAAAAAAUGACCCCAGCAGAAUCCAAGACACAGACGAUACUAAUAUCAACAUCACUCAAGUUGGAAUGAGUAAAAAGGGCGCGGUCGGUCUGAGAAAUCUACUCAAACAACACGGAACUAAAGCAGAUUCAGUCCGACUCAAGCUGUUGGAAAGUUUGAAGACGACGCUGCGAGAAUGGGCCACGGAGGAGACGCGGAGGGUUUUGUUCGGGUUCGAAGGUUCCGUGGGGAAGAUUUCUGGAAGCGAGACGAAAACACAAAAGGAGGAAGAGGAGGAGGAGGAGCUGGACGAGGAUGAUCUGGAGGAGGAACAGUGUGGAGAAGGAGGAGCAGAGGAGGCGACCGCAGCAGCACUUCCAGACUUCGAGACUCUGAAGAAGGAGACGGAACACAUGAAUCUCAGAGUGAAGGAGUUUUAUAGAGGCACCUGGGAAGUGGCAGAGGAGCAGCGGGAAACCAGAACAGAUACCAAGGAGCCGACCUCUGAAGGGAUUGAGCCCGUCCUGCCGCUGGUCGACUCCAAAGCGCAGCACGUCAUCCAGAAGAAGAUCGUUGUGGACAAGCUCAGCGGAUGCCUCAAAAACCUCGUUGGUCGACUCGGUCUCACUAUGAACGACAUCUCCUCUCAUCUCAACAACCUGGUGCGGACGUUCAGAUUCAGCAACACAAACAUCAUCCACAAGACCCCAGAGUGGGCCGUCCUCGCUGUGGUCCUGCUGCAUCUGUUGUCUGCCGUCUCGUCUCUGGUCCGCGAGGUCCUGGAGCAGCCGUCGUCUCUGCAGAUUCUGGACUCUGUGACGCAGGAUCUGGGCCUGGAGGAGACGGAUCUGCUGGACUUAGUGCAAACAUUCAAACACACGGACCACACGCAAUGA